UCUGUUCGCCGCCUCUCCCACCGGCCCCAUGAGCUGCAGCGGCUCCGGCGCGGACCCCGAGGCGGCGCCGGCAUGUGCCGCCUCGGUGGCGGGUCCUGCGCCCCCUGUGUCGGCUCCCGCCGCGCUGCCCAUCAGCACGGCGGCGGAGAGCAAAGCCAGCCCCGCGGGGACGGCAGGGGGUCCCGGGGCUGGAGCCACCACUGUGGGCGCGGGCCCCGUCGCGGCGCGGGCCGGGGAGCCGGCGGAGCGGCGCGGGCCGGCUUCGGUGGCAGCGGGCGGCGCGGCACCCCCGGAGGGGGCAAUGUCUAACGGGGUUUACGCCCUGCCAAACGCGGCCAAUGGAGAAGUGAAGCCCGUAGUGUCCAGCACACCUCUGGUGGACUUCCUGAUGCAGCUGGAGGAUUACACACCCACGAUCCCAGAUGCAGUGACUGGUUACUACCUGAACCGUGCUGGCUUUGAAGCUUCAGACCCACGCAUAAUUCGGCUCAUCUCAUUAGCUGCCCAGAAAUUCAUCUCAGACAUCGCCAACGAUGCCCUACAGCACUGCAAAAUGAAAGGCACAGCCUCUGGCAGCUCCCGGAGCAAGAGCAAGGACCGCAAGUACACCUUAACCAUGGAAGACUUGACCCCAGCCCUCAGCGAGUAUGGCAUCAAUGUGAAGAAGCCGCACUACUUCACCUGAGCCACCCAACCCAAGAUGUAUUUGUCUUUCCCUCUGUCCCCACACCAGCCUGUUUUCAUAAUAAACUUUAUUGUGACA